AUGCCUCGUUUCAAACCCACCUCGGCAGCCAGGACGAGAUUCUCGGCACCACUCGAUGCCGUGAACCUCCAGACACUCAAGUCCGGCUUUUCCGGCCAGGUUGAGCGUGAACGCAUGUCCCGACUUCGGAGUAAGAUCGAAGAAGUGCGCGCUGCUUGGUUGGAUAAUGGCGCAUAUGCGCAACUUGUGGAGGCCGUGCGGAGAUGGUGUAAGCCCGAGAGGCUCCCGGAAGAGGUGCGCGAACCACUUGAACGACUUCUCAGUGGUUACCGCGACUACGCCGACGUUUCGGUCAGUCGCCCUUCUGAUAUCGGUACCACUGACAGCAGCGAGCAGUACGAUGCUCUGGAAAUGUACUGCUCUGUUCCGGGAUACGACUACCUCUUCAAGCUGGUCAGUGACACCCUCCGUACGGAACACGCUGCUGAAGAGCAUCUCCUGGUUGCUACCACACUUAUCGAGUUCCUGACCAUUGACCUGUAUAACCUCCGACUGUCCCAACUUGGUGAUCCGCGCUAUGGAAACUUUGAGGGUCUCACGCAUCGCGGAAUGCCUGUCUACCAGGAAACCGUCCGCUUCUAUGAAGACAUUAUGCGGAACCCCGACUUGACGAUGCGCGGCUUUGCUAUCCCCUUAGCCUUGACGUCAACCAGUGCCGAUCCCAGGGUCAUGGAAGACUUCGCGACGAAGAAGUCACCGGGGGGCGAACAAUUGGUGCACAUGCACCUUCAGGUCCAUACGAGGGGCAUUGAUGAGGGCCUUCUCAGGGCCUAUCGGACGCAAUACCCGGACAGCGUGGUCACUUCGAUCUGUGCCAUGCCGGUGGCCAAUGUUUCGCCAGAGGGCGAAAGGGAGAUUUUGCUCAGGGGCGCCUUCUUCCAGUUGUUGUCUGUCACCACCAAGCCAAACAGAGGGGAUAGUGUGCCCAUUGUGCAAGUCAUUGUUGUCACUAUGAACUCCAAUCGCGAUCACUCGACCGAGUCUUCCAUAAACGUUGACGAGAAGAGAGUCCAGCGCGAGAUCUUCCGGCGACUGGUUGAUGCGUCCAAGUACCGGGCAUGUGCAGAACUGGCGGCAGAGUUCGCACCUGCAGACGUUCAGGGAUACAGGAUGUUGGCUGAUAAGAUGUUGAGCGAGAUUCUUGAGAUGAAGAAACUCGACUUUGAUGAACUCGACGGAGGGUCUGGUGGUACGCGAGGCCUCCAAAAGGAAGAUGUGGCGCUAUGGCUGGGAGGAAAAUUGGCUAGCAGCUAUCCAAGACAAUAUGCUCUGCGACGCAAGCAGUGGCACCAAGCGCUGGUGAACAAGGACUGGACUGGGGCUCUGAAGACGCUCAGCAAGGAAUACAGCUGGCGACAAUGUGACUGGUAUAAUACUGGGUCAUUGGAUGCCGAAGGUGAUGGUCUUUCAGCGCUGCAUAUAAUUGCUGGUAGCAGGCCGCCCGAGGACAAGUACUCUGAGGAGUACCGAGCAUGGGAAGAGCUCGUCGAAGAAGCUCAAUCAAAUUCUCGUGUGUGGAAAACCUUGAAGUCCUUUGGAGGGAAAGGGAAGACCGCACGAGACACGGCAUAUAACCAAGAGCUGGCGGAAGCAUUCAAGCCGGAAAUUUUGCAUCAUGUGGAGGAAAGAAGACUCCUUUACCUGGAAGAGCAGCUUCACAGAUUAAUGAAGGAUACUGCUGGUUGUCUUGUCGACCCUUCUCGAUUCAGGAUGCCACAACUGUCAUGUUUGACAGAAAUGGAGGACCCAAGGUUGUGGAUCCAAAUACCACAUCUGUACGGAGGUUUCGAGGUUGAGUUACUGCCAUCUGAGCAAGCUCUCCGAGUGACAACUAUCGAAACCAUUUCCGGUCAGACGUUGCCACGGUCCAUUAUACAGGUGUUGGAAUCCACCUCAAUGAGCUUCGGGGUUAUCGAGGUGGGAGACUUGCUGACAGAAGAUAUUGCGAAGUUGACUGUCCAGUUGACUGUCAUUCCGGUGUCGAAAGAGGCGGUUUAA